AUGAAUAAUAAUGAUAUGGAUCAAAAAGCUAAAGAAUUACAAAAUGUUCUUGAACAAUUCUAUUUAACAACUGAUAAUCCAAAACGUAAAGAAAUAGAUACCAUUUUAAAUAAUUAUAAAGCUCAAUCAGAUUCAUACGAGCAUGUACAAUAUUAUUUAGUUCAUAGUGAUAAUCAAUAUGUAAUUUGGUUCUCAUUAUCAGUGAUUGAAGAUAAGGUCAAUAAAGCAUGGAAUAGUAUUUCUGCAUCAAGUCAAACUCAAACUAAAGGUUUAUUACUUGAUAUAUAUUUAAAUAAAACUGGUGCAAAUAGUAAUAGUACUGUUAAGAAUGUAUUACCUCAAUUUAUUAUUUCCAAAUUAGGACAAGUCAUAGCUGAUAUUGGUAGAUAUGAAUUUGAAUCAAAUCCACAAAGUUAUCUUUUAAAUAUUACAAGUAUAGUUAGAAAUCCAUCAACAAGUAUUAGAGGUAUAAAUUUAUUACAAUGUAUUUCAGAUUCAUUUACAACUAAUAAAAAGGUGAUUUCACAACAAAAAAAGACAACAUUAAAGAAAUUAUUACAUCAAAAUUCACCAAUCAUCAUUCAAGUUCUUGUUGAUUGUCUUGGUCAAUUAUUUGAUCAAAAUGCAGAGAAAAAGUUUAAACAUGCUAAUUUAUUGGCUUUUCAUGUUGGUUCACCAGAUACAAAUACAUACACAGCCUCAUUCAAUGCAGAAUCAAAGAAUUUAACCAAAGCAGUAUUUGAUGCAUUAUUAAGUUAUUUUACAUGGGUACCAUUAAGUGAUUUAUUAGUACCAAGUUUAUUUGAUAUUUUAUUUAAAUAUUUAAGAUUGGAUAAGAAUAGUAUACCAGCAUUAGAAUGUUUAAAUGAAAUAGUAUCAAAGAAUUUAGUACCAAAAGGAUUUGAAUCAUUUUUGAUGCGUAUAUUCCAUCAAGUUUAUUCAUUGUUAACUGAUAUAGUAUCGAAUGGUGGUCAACAAAUCAAUCAAUAUCAUCCAGAGUUUUUAAAUAAGUUCACUCAAUUCAUUCAAAUCUUUAUCAAUAAUCAUUUGGGUAGAAUUGAAACCAAUCCAAACUUUCCAAUACCAGAUUUCCUUGGAUUGUUAUUCCAAUAUAGUUUUUUCCAAACACAACCAGAAUCAUUUUUACAAUGUAUUGAUAUUUGGUCAACAUUUUUAGAUUAUCUCAUAAAUUUAUCCCAAGAGAAUGGUACACCACCACCCUCAAAAUAUACAGAUGGUCUCUUAUUGUUCCAAUCGGAAUUGGUUAAAAGAAUUUUAUAUAUUUUUAAUAAUAAUACCCUCUCAGAGUUGGAUGAUGAAGAUAAAGAAAUCAAUGAAAAUGGUAUCUCUGAAACUCAAUUAGAAUCUUAUAUUAAAAAAUCAAUUGAAGUAGUUGCAAAAGUAACUGAAUUAUAUCCUGAAAAAAGUUUAGAAAAUUUAUAUCCAUUAUUUACACAAAAUGUAACAUCAUUCUUUUGUAAAGCUGAAGAAUCAAUUAAACAAGGUGUUUCAAUGGAGAAUGAACAACAAUUUCAAUAUUUGGUAAAGGAUGUAACAACAAUUCUUCAUCUCUUUGGAAGACUUGCUGACCAAUUUGUUGUUUCAUUUGCUCAAACUUUUACUGCUGCAAACUUUAUAUUUCAAAAAUUAUUGGAUAUGUGUUUAUUCUCUGUAAAUCAAUACAUUUAUAAAUUUGGUAGUGAUUGGGAAAAAUUACAAAUCGAAUUAUUAUGUACAAUUAGAUCAUUUUGUUUUUGGUUAGCAGAAUAUGGUAAUCAAGUUAGAGCAAUAGUUGGUCAACAACCAGAUUUCGAUAGUAAUAUCACCAAAUUAAUUAGUAUCAUAGUACCAUUAUUUGAACGUAAUGCACCAGAGAGUAUUUUAAGCUCUGCUGGUAAAUUAUUAAUGUCAUUGGCUACAAUUUCAAAACCCUUAAAUUUAUUCACUCAAAUGGAUAUGUUAAUUAGUAAUAUUCAUAACAUUUGUGCUCCAUUAUCUCCAUCAAUUCAAUCUAUAUUAUAUCCAGCUAUAUCCUGUACAAUUUUAUUACCACCUUCAAAUGUUAAUUUAUCACAACAAUGGGAUCAAAGAAGACCAAAAUAUUCACCAUUUAUUAAAGGUAUUACAGCAUCAUUUUUAGAGAUUCCACAAAUUCCAAAUUUUGUUGAAGGUAAAAUAUUUUGUAAAGAAGAGUUGAUUCAAAGAGUAUUAAGAGUUUUAAAGGUUGUUACUGCAAUCAUUAGGACUGUACCAGAAGUUACUCAAGCAAAGAGUAUUUUACAUGAUGGUAUUCAAGAUACCUUAAAAGUUACUUUAGGUUUAUUUAGAGUUUAUAUUAGUUAUCCAAUCGUAUUGGAAGCUAUUUUAGACUUUUUCUUUGUAUUGUUUGAAUUUUUAAAAGCACAAGUUGGUGUUGUUUUUACCCAACAAACAAUUUCAACAUUUUUAGAUAUUUUAGGAGGUGAUAAUUUAAAUCAAUUAUUAAGUAGUGGUAAUGAUACAGGUAUUUCAAUUAUAAAGAAAUUAAUAGAGAUUCUUACAUUUAUAGUUCAACAACCAGGUAAUAGUUUUGAAAGUUUAUUAGGAUCAACAAUCGAAUUUUCAAUGGAGAAAUUAUAUCCAAUGAUUGCAAAUACCUCAUCAGUAUUAAGAUCACCAUUUUUCACAUUACUUUAUAGCAUAUUGGAUAAUCAUUGGAAACAAUGUCAACAAAUUCAAAUCAAUAGUAUAUUAACAUCAUUCCAAUCAAUUUUCAAACAAAAUGAUGUAAAUUUAUUCAAACAAAACUUGGAUCAUUUUGAAAAAUUAAAUUCAAAAUUAAAACUCUAUGAAAAGAUCUCUUCAAUGGAACCUGUCUUUGGUUGUUCUUUCAUUAGUAUGUUUUUCGAUGUUUUAAUCUCUGAUACUCAAUCAGUACACACUGAUGAUAUCAUUGUCACAAUUUAUAGAUUCGCUUCUCUAAACUUUGAUAAAUUCUUUAAUGAGUUUUUCACAACAUUUUUGGUUCAAAAGAAUCAAUUAUCAAAUGAACAAAAACAAAUUUUAAGAUCAAAUUUUUCAAAUGCAAUAGAUCAACCAACCUUUUCAACAAAUAUGACACAAUUUAUUAAUGAUUUUUCAUAUUUUUCUUUUAUCAACAGUUAA